AUGAGCGCGCUGGUGACCGUGGCUACGUGCAACCUGAACCAGUGGGCCCUCGAUUUCGAUGGCAACUUGGAGCACAUCAUCGAGUCAAUUCGCGUGGCCAAGGCACGCGGCGCACGUUACCGCGUGGGGCCCGAGCUAGAAGUGUGCGGCUACGGGUGCGAAGAUCAUUUCCUGGAGCAAGACACGUUCUUCCACUGUUGGCAGUCGCUCGAGACCAUCCUGCGCUCUGACGUGACCAAUGACAUCCUGUGCGAUAUCGGUAUGCCCGUCAUGCAUAACGGCGUGCGCUACAACUGCCGCGUGUUCUGUUUAAAUCAGCGUAUCUUGUUUAUCCGUCCCAAGCUCUUCCUGGCCGACGACGGCAACUACCGUGAGAAACGCUGGUUCACCACGUGGAAGCCCAACCUAAACAAGGGAAACCCACGCGGUCUUGAAAAGUUUGCACUGCCCGCCAGUCUACAGAAGCUCACGGGCGCGGUGCAUGUGCCUUUCGGCUCUGGCGCUGUGUCCACACUCGACUCAUCGUGUGGGUCCGAGACGUGCGAGGAGCUCUUCACGCCCGACAGCCCGCACAUCAACCUCAGUCUUGCUGGCGUGGAGAUCAUCGGCAAUGGCUCCGGAUCGCACCACCAACUGCGCAAGCUCGACCAGCGCAUGGAUCUCAUCCGUGGCGCGACUACCAAGAGCGGUGGUGUGUAUCUAUACGCCAACCAACAAGGUUGUGACGGUGGUCGUCUGUACUUUGAUGGCUGUGCUGUCAUUGUGGUGAACGGCCACGUGGUAGCACAGGGCUCGCAGUUCUCAGUCAAGGACGUGGAGGUGGUCACGGCCACCGUUGAUCUUGAUGAUGUGCGAUCGUACCGUGGCUCUGUCAGUAGUCGUAGUGAGCAAGCUAGCUCAUUGGACACUGUGAUUACCAAGGUCGACGUCGACUUCAGCUUGUGUCACGAUGAGGAGGACAUUCCAAUUGCCCACCCUACGCCUGCAAUUGAUGUGCGCUACCAUAUCCCCGAGGAGGAGAUCGCGCUGGGGCCGGCGUGCUGGAUGUGGGAUUACUUGCGUCGUAGUGGGGGUAGCGGCUUCUUCUUGCCUCUUUCGGGCGGAGCAGACUCGUCUUCAGUGGCAUGCAUCGUCGGAGUGAUGUGCCACCUCGUGGUCGAGGCUGCCAACAACGGUGACAAACAGGUUAUCAAGGAUGUUCAGCGUAUCAUGGGAAUAUCGGACCAAGAGUACCAACCUUUGACGCCUGCUGAUCUGGCAUCGCACAUUCUUCACACGACGUACAUGGGCACGAAGAACAGCUCUGCUGCCACCAAGAAGCGUGCUGCGACGCUCGCCAGCGAGAUCGGAUGCUACCAUCUCAACAUGGGCAUGGACAUGAUGGUUGAUGCCGUUGUCAAGACCUUCUCGCUUCUGACUGGCAAAACACCUCAGUAUUUGUCACGAGGGGGAACCUUGCAAGAGGACUUGGCGCUUCAGAACAUUCAGGCUCGUCUUCGUAUGGUGAUGGCUUACCUGCUUGCCCAGCUGUUACCCUGGGUGCGUUCGAAGACUGGUUUCCUACUUGUGCUGAGCUCUGGUAACGUCGAUGAAGCGCUGCGUGGAUACAUGACAAAGUACGAUUGCAGUAGUGGUGACUUGAACCCGAUCGGUGCCGUGUCAAAGGGCGAUCUGAAGAAGCUUCUUCGUUGGGCUGCCACUAAAUACAACUAUCCUGCUCUUCAGACGGUUGAAGAAGCUCCUCCGACGGCAGAGCUUCGUCCCACCGACGAAAAUGCUGAAGAAGACGCUGAUCACUCUCAACUAGACGAGGUAGACAUGGGCAUGACGUACGAUGAGCUGGGAUUCUUUGGUCGUCUGCGCAAGAUCGAUAGAUGUGGCCCCUACUGGAUGUUCCGCAAGCUCACAAACUUGUGGAAUCAUCUGGCGCCCACCGAAGUGGCAACGAAGGUCAAGCGAUUCUUCUUCUAUUACUCCGUUAACCGUCACAAGAUGACUACGCUGACGCCGUCUUACCACGCUGAGAACUACUCGCCGGACGACAACCGCUUCGACCUGCGCCCAUUCCUCUACAACUCGCGCUGGACUCGUCAGUUCAGCUCGAUUGACACGCUCGCCGCGAAGUUGGAGGAGAAGAAGGAGCAGUGA